UCAAUGGCCGGGGAGGGGGAAGGACGGGCGAUCGGCAUCGAUUUAGGAACGACUUAUUCAUGCGUGGCUGCAUGGCAGCAUAACCGUAUCGAGAUCAUAGCCAACGAUCAGGGCAAUCGCACCACGCCCUCUUAUGUCGCAUUCACCAACAACGAGCGUUUCAUCGGAGAAGCUGCCAGGAAUCAAGUCGCCAGUGCUCCAACUAACAACGUCUUUGAUGCAAAGAGGCUGAUUGGCCGUAACUUCAAUGAUCCAAUGGUUCAGAGUGACAUGAAACUAUGGCCAUUCAAGGUCAUUUCUGGUGCUGACGACAAGCCUAUGAUCAUGGUAACCUACAAAGGAGUGGAGAAACAGUUUUCAGCUGAGGAGAUCUCUUCUAUGGUGCUCUCCAAGAUGAAGGAUAUAGCUGAAGCCUAUCUUGGUUCAUCGGUGAAAAAUGCAGUCGUCACCGUGCCUGCUUAUUUCAAUGACUCUCAGCGCCAUGCAACCAAGUCUGCUGGAGACAUUGCUGGCCUGAACAUUGUAAGGAUCAUCAACGAGCCUACUGCUGCAGCCAUUGCAUACGGUCUAGAUAAAGGGGGUAAUGUGGCUAAGAAUGUGCUUAUUUUCGACCUUGGUGGUGGUACGUUCGAUGUGUCUGUGGCUACUAUUGAAACGGAUAUCAUUGAAGUGAAGGCUAUUGCCGGAGACACUCAUCUUGGAGGGCAAGACUUUGACAGUAGGAUGGUGAAUCAUUUCGUAAAAGAGUUUGAAAGUAAGAACGGUAAGGAUAUUAGCAUGAAUCCGAGAGCUAUUAGGAGAUUGAGGAGUGCUUGUGAAAGAGCCAAGAGGAUGCUUUCUUCCACUUCCGAAACUAAUAUUGAGAUUGAAUCUUUAUUUGAGGGAAUUGAUCUGUUUUCGACUAUCACUAGUGCUAAAUUUAAUGACCUCAACAUGGAUUUGUUCAACAAGUGUAUGGAACUGGUUGAGAAAUGCCUGAGUGAUGCAAAGGUUGAGAAGAGCAGCGUGGAUGAGGUGGUGCUGGUGGGCGGGUCAAGUAGGAUUCCGAAGUUGCAGGAGAUGUUGAAGGAGUUUUUUGAUGGGAAGGAGGCGUGCAAGACUAUUAAUCCAGACGAAGCCGUGGCUUAUGGUGCUGCAGUGCUGGCUGCCAAGUUGAGUGGUGAAGGCAAUGAGAAGAUGCAAAAUGUGGUAUUUGUGGAUGUUACUCCUUUGUCUCUUGGUAUUUCAGGGUCUGGAGAUGUGAUGUGUGUGAUUAUUCCGAGGAAUACACCUAUACCAACAAGGAUGGAGAAAAUUGUCACCACAGCGAAGGACAAUCAGACUAGUGCAGCAAUUAAUGUAUAUGAGGGUGAAAGAAGCAGAGCAACAGACAACAAUCUGCUAGGAGCAUUCAGUCUCCAAGGCAUUCCAGAGGCGCCCAAAGGUGUUGCUGAUUUCAAAGUGGGCUUCGACAUUGAUGAGAAUGGUAUCUUGACUGUCUCAGCGGAGCACGUGGGUACUGGUUUGAAGAAUAUGAUCAGCAUCACCAGCUACAAGGACAAGGGCAGACUGUCUGAGGAAGAAAAAGAGAGGAUGGUGAAAGAUGCGGAGAAGUACAAGAGGGAGGACGAGGAGUUCAGGAAGAAGGCUGAAGCGAGGAGUGCUUUGGAGAACUAUGCCUAUGACAUGAGGAACACCACCAGAUGUGCAGCCGGGAUGGGAUCAGCCGACAAGAAGAAGAUAGAGAAGGCUUUCGAGUCUACUAUGAAAUGGUUGGAGUCAAACAAACUUGCAACGGUUGAUGCUUUCAAAGAGAAGAUGGAAGAGCUCAAGAGGAUUUACGAUCCCAUAGUUUCCAAGAUGCACCACAGUCCCAGUCCCAGUGCCAGUGAUAAGAUGGGAGUUAGUAUUAAGAAUUGGAUUCAGAGUGUAAUGCCAUGA